AUGAGAUAAUUAGGCAAGGCUUAAGUGCACGCCCUAAAGAAGAUCUAACCAAAGGAGUAUUUUAGUUGUGUGUGAAAUAUUUUAAUUUACAAGUAUGUCUAUAAAUAUACGCUGUGCAAAUACGGAUGAUUUGUUAAAUGUGCAGCAUUGUAAUUUACAAUGUUUGCCCGAGAAUUAUCAGAUGAAGUAUUAUUUAUAUCACGCUCUUUCUUGGCCACAACUAAGUUAUGUGGCUGAGGAUGAAAAAGGCAGGAUAGUGGGUUAUGUCCUUGCUAAGAUGGAAGAGGAUUGCGAGGACAAUCCUCAUGGACAUAUUACCAGUUUGGCAGUGAAACGAUCUCACAGAAGGCUUGGUAUUGCACAGAAACUUAUGAACCAGGCUUCCAGAGCAAUGGUAGAGUGUUUUGGAGCAAAAUAUGUGUCACUACAUGUACGCAGAAGUAAUCGGGCAGCCUUAAAUUUAUAUACAAGCAGUUUACAAUUUGAGGUGUCAGAAGUGGAACCAAAAUAUUAUGCAGAUGGAGAGGAUGCUUAUGCCAUGAAACGUGAUCUCAGCAGUUUUCACAUAGAAAAAAGUACUGCAAAAGAGAAAAUGAACAAAGAUGGUAAUACGCACACACAUACUGGCAGAUGCUGCGAUCGUUCAUAGUUGGCUUUGGAUAUUUACCUACAACUAGGUUUUAAUUAAUUUUUUGCAUCAUUAGUUCCGUACUACUUGAAUCUAAAUCUGUGUCACUAAUGCAUAUUGUUCAUACACAAUUAUGCAUUAGAAAUAUUUGAAGAACACUGUUUGUCAAGCAUAAUGGCUUGAAUGUUUGACCUGUACAUUAUGUGAAGAAGUACUCAACGAAGUAUUUGUGUCUAUUCAAGCCUUACCUGAGACAUGGGAAAUGUUUUAUAUGCCACUGUGAAAGGGUGUACUUGUUAAUACUUAUGCAGGGAUUAGGAGAGAGACGUCUAAACUAUUGUAUGUACUUUCAUGCAAAUGGAGUUGAGAGUUUCUAAUAAAUGUAUCAUUGCGUGUAA